AUGGUCAUUGCAAAGAUUGCGCCUUCCCUACUCUCCAGCGACUUUGCUCGCCUGGCCGAAGAAUGCGAGCGUAUGCUUAGUUUGGGCGCUGACUACCUGCACAUGGACGUCAUGGACGGUCACUUUGUUCCCAACCUCACUCUCGGAGCGCCUAUAAUCAAAUGUCUGCGCCCACACACCAAGGGAUUCCUCGACUGCCACCUAAUGGUCAGCAACCCCGAGCAAUGGGUGGAUGACUUUGCCAGUGCCGGUGCCGACUUAUUUUGCUUCCACAUCGAGGCGACCAAAGACGCAUCAGCCCUCAUCGAUGACAUUCACGCCAGGGGCAUGAAAGCGGGCAUGGCAAUCAAGCCCGACACUCCUGUCGAUGUUGUCUAUGAGUUCGCUGAGAAGCUUGAUCAGGUCUUGGUCAUGACCGUGGAGCCUGGUUUUGGCGGCCAGUCCUUUAUGCCCACGUGCAUGGAUAAGGUGAGGGAGUUGCGCAAGAGGUACCCUAAUUUAGACAUCGAGGUCGACGGUGGUCUGGACCCUGAGAAUAUUGAGGUGGCUGCCAAGGCUGGUGCCAAUGUCAUCGUUGCCGGAUCAUCCAUUUUCAAGGCAAAGUCCCCCGAGGCUGUCAUUUCACUAUUCCGCAAGACUGUCAACGACGCCCAGCCCCCGGCAUAA